AUGCGCCUGUCUUUGGCAAAAUUACUUGCACUGAGCUGCCUCUACGAGGUCAGCCAGGGAAGUCCCGUUCCAUUGGGAAAUGAAUAUCAAUUGCAGCCAUAUAACAUAGAUCUGUCAUCCAGGGUGCCUCGAAUGCUCGACCUGAUUAAGGGAACAAAACUUCCAGCGCAACCCGUAUAUAUCAACACAGGCACCUCAGCGGGAAUCAGUCUGAGUCUCUUGGAAAGCUUUCAAACCGAAUGGCAAACCAUUUUUGACUGGAAUCGUGAGCAAGAGGAAAUGAACAAAUUCAACCACUACACGGCCGUUAUUGAAGGGCUGAAAAUCCAUUUUAUCCAUGAAAGGUCCGAGGCUGAAGACGCUAUUCCCCUGCUUCUGGUCCAUGGCUGGCCCGGCUCUUUUCUAGAGUUCGUUCCCGUCAUCAAUGAACUCACCCAGAAUGCCACCACAGCGACUGGACAGAAUGUCUCAUUUCAUGUGGUUGUGGCUUCUUUACCCGGCUUCGCGUUCUCUUCUUCGCCUCCGGUGAACUGGACCGUGGCAGAUACAGCACGAGUCUUCAACACUCUUCUCACGAAAGUCCUUCACUAUGACACUUAUGCCACAUUCGGAACCGACUGGGGUGCAGGUAUUGCAUACAGCUUGUACAGUCAGUUUAAUAACACAGUUCGCGCACUCUCCCUGGACUUUCUACCUUUCCAACCGUAUACUCCAGCUCAGCUUGCUGCUGAGAAUAUCACACUAUCACCCUUGGAGGAAUUCGAGCAGGCCGAAGCAACGGAGUGGGAAAAUACAGGCGAGGGUUAUUUCAUUGAGCAGACUACCAAAGCCAACACAAUCGGCCUCGCACUUUACGACAACCCUGUCGGCCAACUUGCCUGGAUAGGAGAGAAAUUCGUCAACUGGUCCGAUCCCAACGCGGGACAGUCUCCUUCUGUGCUCACACACAAUGAGAUUCUCCGCAGUGUCUCUCUCUAUUACCUCUCCGAGUGCUUUGCCUCUUCUGUCGUUAUCUACCAACAGAACGCCAAUGGGUUUUCAACUGUGUACACCAAAGCGAACAACGACGCGCCAUUACUCUUCAGUGCAUUCAAGUAUAAUGUUGGGUUUUGGCCCCCCGCGGUGGUCGCGAAGACUGGAAACUUGGUCCUUUAUACCAAUCAUGAAUCGGGUGGCCAUUUUCCUGGUCUAGAUAACCCUCCGGCUUUGCUAGAGGACUUGCGCGAGAUCGCAACUUAUUGGUCCAAUUAG